AGCAAUGUCGCCUAUUGAUACAGUUCGUUGUUAACGUCGGUUUAACGUGCACGCGUGGUCAUCGAAGUUCGAAGAGUUUUCGCUAUAUUCCCGCGGUUCCUGGCGGAUCGUUUGGAGCUUCUCGUAAUUGUGGAUCGCUGGAUUUUUAUUAUUGCAGUGCUGUAGAGAAUAUUAAUUGUAUUCCGUGAACAAAAUAAUUUCAAUAUGCCUGAAAAUGGAAUACAGAUGACCGAAAUAAAUCUAGAAAAUUCAACAUUACCACUGUCGAAUACUAAAACUGCUGGCAAUAACAGGAGCACGAAUCUCAAUUAUGGCAUCGACGAUGUCCCGCCCUGGUAUCUUUGCUUAUUUAUGGCUUUACAGCAUUAUCUAACGAUGAUAGGUGCAAUAGUCUCGAUUCCCUUCAUCCUUACUCCAGCAUUGUGCAUGGCGGAGGACGAUCCAUCGAGAAGUUAUAUAAUUUCCACCAUGAUCUUCGUCACAGGACUGGUCACUUUCUUCCAAACCACCAUAGGAUGCAGGUUGCCGCUAGUUCAAGGAGGAACUAUAUCCUUUUUAGUCCCAACAUUGGCGAUACUAAGUUUACCACAAUGGAAGUGUCCAGAGCCGGAAGUUUUAAAUCAAAUGUCUCCGGAGAACCGCACAGAACUAUGGCAAAUUAGAAUGAGGGAACUUUCAGGGGCCAUCGCUGUAUCCGCUUUGUUCCAAGUAGUUAUUGGAUUUGGAGGUAUUAUUGGAUAUUUGUUGAAAUUUAUUACGCCACUGACUAUUGUGCCAACUGUCUCUCUCGUUGGAAUAUCUCUCUUUGAGAAUGCAGCUGACGCUGCCUCUCAACAUUGGGGUAUAGCAGCUGGAACAAUAUUGAUGUUAACAUUGUAUUCUCAAAUACUUGUUAAUGUGCCAUUCCCGAUAUUGAUGUACCGUAAGGGUCAGGGAAUAAGCAUCGUGUGGUUUGAAUUAUUUAAGCUAUUCCCGGUACUGUUAACAAUAGUAGUCAUGUGGAUAAUUUGCGCGAUUUUAACCGUGACGGAUGCUUUGCCAGUCGGUCAUCCAGCCAGAGCAGAUAGUAAAUUAAAGAUUAUCAAUGAUUCUCCAUGGUUCCGUGUCCCAUAUCCUGGUCAAUGGGGUACACCGACCGUAUCCCUGUCUGGUGUACUUGGUAUGUUAGCUGGUGUAUUAGCGUGUACGGUGGAAUCUAUCAGUUAUUAUCCAACUACCUCCAGGAUGUGCGGCGCACCACCUCCGCCGGUUCACGCCAUUAACCGAGGUAUCGGCAUAGAAGGGCUUGGUACGAUGUUAGCUGGACUUUGGGGUAGCGGGAACGGUACAAACACGUUUGGAGAAAAUGUGGGAACUAUUGGUGUUACGAAAGUAGGCAGUCGCAGAGUUAUUCAAUGGGCAUGUGUCUUGAUGAUUCUCCAAGGAUUGAUUAGCAAAUUUGGCGCUGUUUUUAUCAUUAUCCCCGAACCAAUAGUCGGCGGAAUAUUUUGCGUGAUGUUUGGAAUGAUCACUGCUUUUGGCCUCUCUGCGUUGCAAUACAUAAAUUUAAAUUCAGCAAGGAAUUUGUACAUUCUUGGAUUCUCCAUUUUCUUUCCACUGGUAUUAUCUAAGUGGAUGAUCAAUCACUCAGGUGUAAUAGAAACCGGAAAUGACAUAGUCGACAGUGUAUUUACCGUGUUACUUAGUACGACUAUCUUGGUGGGGGGUGUAAUAGGAUGUUUAUUAGAUAAUAUUAUACCAGGUACCCCUGAGGAACGUGGGCUCAUUGCUUGGUCAAAGGAAAUGGAAUUACAUACCGAAAAGGACGACAAAGAAGACCAAGAGUAUAUGUUCAAUACUUUUGAUUUUCCAUUUGGAAUGGAUGCUUUACGAAGAUGGAAAUGGACACAAUACGUACCAUUUUUACCGACAUAUAAACCUGGAAUUUAUUCAUGUAGUCAGAAAAAACAAUGAGAUUCACUUUGAUUUUAUAUUUUCAAUGCAUUGCAUAAUUACAUAGCAUUGCUAAUCACCAUGAGGAAACUUGGAAUGCAAUAAUGAAUGUUGAAUGAGAGUUACCUUGCAAACGACGAACUAUUAAUUGAAUGCAAAAGAGGAUUGUAUUAAAUACAAAUAUAAAUGAACUUUUAUAUAAAAA